AUUACACAAUUCGACGAGUUGACAAACAUGGGUUUGCGUCCCCCGGCCGGGGGACGCGCGACCACUUUCUCUAAGACACCCGAAAAGCCCGAACUUCUGGGACAAGUACUCUAAGUGCACAACAGACUAUUGAUAUCAACCGCUAAAGCCAUGCGCCAAGUGACAGCAGUGACCGGAGGGGUUCAUUGCUGCCUAGGUUGACACAGCCAGCUGCUCAGGUGCAUUCCUAUGCUCAGGAAGCAUACACUACAUGCAACUACAUUACUAAAGUAAGUUUACAGCUCAGGAAGUGCGGCGGUCUCAGCUUGGCCGUCAGCGACUGCCGGAGGGUUACUGGGGGGUUCAGGGGCUCGGCAGGGGCGAGGCCGCCCCAAGGAUCCCACAGGCCUCGCCCCAGACUUCUCGCCCCUAUGUUCCCACUUAACAAACAUACAUUUGGGAGCUCUUACAUGGCCUUCUGGGCUGGCGAGGGUACAGGGGCCAGGGUUCUGGUCUCGGGGACCAGGCUGUCUUCAGGCAGCAGGGGGGCAGCGCGUCUGCCUCUGUUCAACCUUGUAAGGAUGAUUCCUUUUUUUUUGAGGAAUCAUCCUUACAAGGUUGAACAGGGGAUUCCUAAAAAACAAAAGCAGCGCUUGGAGGCGCACGUUGCCGCAAAUCCCGUGGCCAGUACAGGUGACGGCGCUUGCACGCAAUGGGAGGCGGACAAAUUCUUCUUGCGGGAGGCCGCCACCAGCAUCCACCGUCGGCAUGCACGCCAGACCCGGGAUGGGCUGCAUGGCGUGGUGCUGGCCGCAGACGCGGCCGCUGCCCUGGCCGACCGGCCGGGUGCCAGCACCGCGCAGCGUCAGGCUGCGGCCAUGGCCAACUUGGCGGUGCGGGAGGAGCGGGCAGCUGCCGCAGCGGCCAGCCACAAUGCCCGCACUGCACUGAUGGAGGAGCAUGGGGAGCGGGGCACUCGCUGGUUCCAUCGACAGGCGGACGAGCCAGCAGCGGGCGUGCAGGAGCCAAUCACGCACUUGAAGGUGCCAGGGCAACCGGCGCCUGUGGCGCUCACGGGGCCGGGCACGCGCAACACUGUCUCCGCAGCCACCGCAGCCAUGUACAGCAGCACCAGCCCCACCGGCCUGUUCCGCGUGCAGCCGGUCUGUACAGCGUCGCAGCAACAGCUUCUGGCGGCCAUUGACCAGUGGCAGUGAAAUGGCGGCGGUGCUGCCCGCCUCCUGGCGGGAGGGCAUCAUCACCCUCAUCUACAAGGGCAAAAGCCUGGACUGCGCCGAGCUGGCGUCCUACCGGCCCAUCAUGCUGCUCAACUGCGACUUCAAGAUGGUGUCCAAGGCCGCCAGCGCCCGCCUGCAGCCCGCCCUGGAUGCAGUUGUGGAUGAGCUGCAGACCGCGUUCAUCACCGGCCGCUGGAUUGGAGACAACGCAGGAAGGGCCCUGGUUUACCAAAACCCAUCCACACCUUGGUGGUGUGUAGACCCCCCCUGUGGUGCAGGGAGUCUCUGGGGUACAAGGCUGGAGCCCUGGGCCUGCAACUGGAGAGCUUUCAAGUUCAAGAUCCAAGAUUCAAGUGGAGCUCUGGGCCUGUCAACUGGAGAGCUCUAGAUGAUCUGUGUGGUCAAGGCAGUGGCUGUAGUUGUCACCUAGCUGUUGAGAACUCCAGUAGGUGUGUGGUGUCACCUGGCUGUUGAGGUUUCCAGUAGGUGUGUGGUGGAACAAACUUCUCUUCUCUUCUCUGAUCUCUGGCCCUAUCGAGGUUCUGUGAUAUGAUCCAGGCUGCCUUGGCAGUAGGGUGGUAGUGUGUCUACCACCGCAACCUUGUAAGGAUGACUUUUA